AUUACCUGCAAUGCAAUGAGGCUUUUGCUGCAUAAAGCUUUGCAACUGAAGAGUGAAGAGGGCCUCAUCCUCAUCAGAACGCCCAAACCAAUCAAUCCAUCAUCAAUAUCUCUGCCCUAAAGCUCUUGGCUGUUUGGAGAUAGUCUUUUAGCCUAAAGGUUAAAACCUCUGUCUCUGCGCCAGUCACUCUCUCUCUCCCCUCCCAUUUAUGACCGUUAAAUUUUAAAUCUUUCUUUCCCACCCAACCCUCCCUCACUUACUCACUAGCUAGCCACUACCAACUUCCACUAAAGCGCUCUGAAAAUAAUCCCUGCUUUCACAAACCAUAAAAACUCAUAAAUGGGUUGUUGUCUCGGCACCACCAAGACCCCAAACCAACACCCUCACCACCACCCAAAUGGCCCCAACAACCGCCACUUCCACGCUAGAUCUUCGGUGACGGAACCCGACCCGACCCAUAUCCAGAAAACCCAACUCAGAGCCUCGACGCCGCCACCGCCUCCACAUCCUCCACCGGUUGUUGAAGAAGAGUCAGUGAAGGAGGUUCUCUCCGAAACCCCCAUCUCCAAACCCCAAAUCCCCAAAAUAUCCCAAGACCAAAUCACCCAUCUGCCUCCGAAAUUCCAAGAAGAGCUUCCCGAUUUUCCUCCGCAACCCCAAGCAGAACCCAUCCAUUUUCCUCCGAAUCCCCAGGCAGAGCUCACCCAUUUUCCUCCGAAUCUCCAGGCAGAGCCCACCCAUGUUCCUCCGAAACUCCAAGCAGAGCAGCCCAAGGAGCUCUCUGAGGAGCCUUCUCAGGCUUCAGACCUUUGUGGGGUUAGCGAGAGCUUCUCAUUGUCAACAACCACCACCACAACCACCAUUACAGACGCCAGAGAAGACGAAGCUACGAGCAAGCGGAAGAGAGACGUGGGAAACAGAGACAGGGCGAGUGGGCCUUCUUCAACGACGGCACGCUGCAAGCGUCCUUACUCCGGCGAACUCGCCGGCCGGAGAGAAAAAGGAGUCAAGCUCCCUGCGAGGGCGCCGGAACCUCCAAUGGGGAAGAGGAAUCGGACUGAAACGAGGUCGUCUCGCGGGCGGGAAUCGGGUCAGCUGAGGACCAUGCAGCGUGGCGCGGGUCCCACCGGGGUCAGGCGUGAUGCGGUGUCGUCCCGGUCGAGGUCACCAGCUACUCGGACGGCCGGUGGCGCUGGUCGGGCAGCUGUAGGAAGGAGCCCGGCGAAGGUGACUGGACGAGCCGCUGCCUGUGGCAGUUCAUCGCAGCAGGGAGCAGUGGAGAGUGAGGGUAAACAAAUUAAAAAGGAGGCGGAACCAUCAAACGACGGCGUUUCGCAACCCCAGAAGCAGGGGAAUGAGUCCCUCGAGUUAGAAUGCUUCAUCUUUGUCUAAGUCCGCUUUUUUAGGUUACUGGUUGCAUUUUGUGCGAAAUGUUUUUCUUGGCUUUUCUUGAAAGCAUUGUGGAAUUGAGCUGUUUUGCUGCAUAAACAUUUGCUGAUAAGAUAGAUUAGAGCAGCUUAAAAUAGCAAAAGGGAAGUGCUUUUGAAAAAAUGGGAAAUUUUUUUUGCUUCAAAAAACAAUGUAUAUAUAUUCUCUGGAUAUGGCAUCAUCAGGAUUGG